AUGACUCCCACUGAGCAAAGGGUACCGGAAGUCAUGAUUGGCACCGGCUACGGCCCGCUUUAUGCCUUGUAUCUUCACGCAUCAUCAUGGGUGCUCAGGCAAGCCGUUGCUGCACAGACGAGCAGCGGAGCCCUUUUCGAUAAAGUUCUCACCGUGGAGACGGCAGGAUUAGGGGAGGGCCGCGUCAAGAUUUCAGUAUGCCUCCCGCCCAAGGAGGGAGGCAAUCGUGGCCCGAAGCCAUUGCUUCUAGUCGCAGAAGGAGGAGGCUUCGUCCUAGGGCAACCCGCAGAUGGUGAACACAUCGACCGCUCGAUCAGUGACAAGGCUGGGUUGGUUGUGAUCUCGGUUGACUACGCAAAGGCUCCGAGAUAUCCAUACCCACACGCCCUGCUCCAGCUAUACGAAGUACUUCGCUGGGCCCUCAGUGAACAGGCAAAUGCAGCGCUGGGCGUGGAAAUCGACGCCUCGAGGAUCUCAGCGAUGGGAAACUCUGCCGGCGGCAAUCUGACUGCGGCCUUGACACUACUCCUAUCCAUCAAGACUGAACCAUUCUUGAAGUUUCGUCGAGGCCUGCCUUACAAUGUCAAACAAGUAUCCCAAAUCCUGCUCUACCCAAGUGUGGCUUGUCACCAGUCGUACAUUGACAGAUUCAAUGGCAGCGACGUCGAAACGCAGGCGUCCAGUCUGCCGGUCUGGGCAGCAACCCUCAUGGAGGCGAGCUACCUACCUCCGUAUAUCGACAAGAACCAGAUUUUCAUUGCCCCAGUGCUGGUAUCUGAAGAGGAGUUGCGAGUCCUCCAACUACCUGCUACUCUUUGUAUCACUGCUGGCAGAGACUGCCUGAAGCUCGAGGCUAAUGAGUAUUGUACGAAGCUUAAAAGGGCUGGUGUGGAUAUAACAGAGCACGAAUUCAAGAAGUCCAUUCAUGGGUUUAGUCACUAUAAAGGCACCAGAAACAAGGACAUCGCAGAGUGCUGGGAGAUGGUGCUUGAGUUCCUUCGUGUUCAUAUGGCCUAG